CUUUCGAGGUGCUGAGUGACCCUGAUGCUCUUCCCAGACAUCUUGGAGGCCCAGGAAAAGGGUCCACGAGGAGCCACUGCUUGGCUCUUGCCCUAUACAUGGCUCCCUCCAGAAGAGAGCAUCAGACUGCACUUAGGUAUCCCCAAUGUGGGAGACACAGGAACCACUCGGGUUCUUAGGGCUGGUUAAACAGCUGCAGCCUCCCAGUGUGGGUCGACCUUGGAGGGCCCCAUCCAGGACACCACCAUGACAGCCCCGAGGGCCUGGCUGCUCUGCCUGCUGCUGCUGGCCCUGGGUCUGCGGGUGGCAGCCAGCCGAGCCAGGCAGCAUUCCAUGGAGGUCCGCACCCCAGAUAUCAAUCCUGCCUGGUAUGCAGGCCGCGGCAUCCGGCCUGUGGGCCGCUUUGGCCGGAGGGGGACAGCACUGCGAGAGGUGCCCAGGCCUGGCCUGCAAUGCCCGCUGACCUGCUGCCAGGUGCCGGGCAUCCCUGAGUCCCUGCAGGAUGGGUAAUGGUUGUGGUCGUGAAGACAGGAGCUCGGGAGCCUUCCCACCCCACGUGGGC